GAAGCAGGAAUCAACUCCUCAGAUAUCAAAAGACUUCAGGAGAGUGGAUACACCACUGUUCAAUCCGUCGUUUUUUCGCCAAGGAAGGCUCUGUUGGCCAUCAAGGGAAUUUCUGAGAUGAAAUUGGAUAAAAUUCAUGCUGAAGGCAAGUUAAUAUAUUUCAUGGUUCCUACGAUGAUGGGUUUUGAAACGGCAGCUUGCAUUAAAGAAAGAAGAAGUGAUUAUAUUUAUUUAACGACGGGAUGCACUGAGUUAAAUAAUCUUCUUGGAGGUGGCAUUGAGUCUGGAGCAAUUACGGAACUUUUUGGUGAAUUUAGAACCGGAAAAAGUCAGUUAUGCCACACGCUUGCAGUGACGUGUCAACUUCCUGUGGAACAAGGAGGUGCUGAAAGUAGAUGCAUCUACAUAGAUACUGAAGGCACAUUUCGUCCAGAACGAUUGGUCACUAUUGCUCAAAGGUUUGGGAUGGAUGCCAACGAAGUUCUAGAUAAUGUAGCCGUCGCUAGAGCCUAUAAUACAGACCACCAAAUGAAUCUAUUAAUACAAGCUGCCGCAAUGAUGACCGAAGCAAGGUUUGGGCUUCUCGUUGUCGAUAGUGUCACAGCCUUAUAUCGAACGGAUUAUUCAGGUCGAGGUGAACUUGCGGCGCGUCAAAAUCAUCUGGCAAAAUUUAUGCGCGGUUUAAUGCGUUUAGCUGAUGAGUUUGGUAUUGCAGUAGUCAUUACGAACCAAGUUGUGGCAACAGUCGACGGAGGAAAUUUGAUGUUCGCUGGAGCUUCAGAUAAAAAGCCAAUUGGUGGCAAUAUUAUAGCUCACAUGUCAACAACGAGGUUAUACCUUCGUAAAGGCAAAGGUGAAAACAGAAUCUGCAAAAUUUAUGAUUCCCCAUGUCUUCCCGAAGGGGAGGCUGAAUUUUCUAUCGGAAGUGGUGGCAUAGAAGACGCUAAGGAGUGA